AUGUUUCCUCCAGUGUCUCAGGAGGACCACAGCAAACACGCCUCUUUCGUGUGUGUGAUUCUGAGUCACGGGGAAGAGGGCGUGAUCUUUGGGACGGACGGGUUUGAAAAGCUCGACGUCCUCACCCGAUUUUUUAAAGGAGACAAAUGCAAGUCCCUCGUUGGAAAACCCAAACUCUUCUUUAUACAGGCGUGUCGCGGGUCUGAGUUUGACGCUGGGAUCGAGGCCGAUGCAGUAGCCUCUUCAGACUCGUCCACAGUCCGGAUCCCCGUGGAGGCAGACUUCCUGUACGCCUACUCCACCGCUCCAGUCCAGGUCCAAGGAGUCAAGGUCUGCUCAGUGGGGUCGUUUCUAACGGGACGUGGCAAAGACAUCCGAAACACGUUCUAUAAAGGUUUAUACAGGGACUUCAAAGACAUGGCUCGCAGGAGUCCUCGACUGGUCGACUCGGGGUAUUACGAUAUGGAUGGAAACCCCCGCAUCUCAUACUCAGACACCAGUCGCAGAAGUUCCAACAGCUUCACAAAUAUGCGGCGCCACAGCUACCAGCUGGAGGCGAGGAAGGCCGCGAAUGUCAUCCAUGUGUCUGCGCCUGCAGUUCAGCCCAGGUCCCGGUUCAGCUUGGCCUGGUUCAUAAUCCAGCUUCUCCUUCUUGGCCUUGCUGUGUCCUGGCUGACAAUGAAGUUUGCUGUUAAUGGUGACGUGCAGCAGCUGCAGAAGGAGGUAAAACAUUUGCAGCAUCUGGAGGAAGAGGUCGAUCAUUUGCGUCAGCAGCUUGAGCAUCACAAGGCGAUGGUGAAAGCUCCUUUAGCCAACUUUGCACUGGAAACUCAUGGGGCUCGGGUGACUGCUGUGACUUCCAAGACACUCAAGCAGAAAAAUCGUCCGCUUUGGCUCAAAUUUCUCGGUCCAUACACCGUGAUCAAAGGUCAUAAUUAUCCUUUGAUUCCUGGACAGUGCUGGGCGUUCUCAGGUCAGACUGGGAGGCUUUCCAUAGCUCUACCACUGGAGAUCCACAUCACCAAAGUAACUGUAGGACACAUUUUGAAGGGGCAGUCUCUUACAGGAACAAUUGACUCCGCUCCAAAGUCUUUCUCUGUGUAUGGACUGAAGGACUUUGGACCAACAGAGGUAAGACUUGGAACAUUUGUCUACGACGCAGACGGGGACUCGUUCCAAACAUUUGAGAUCCUGGAGCAACACAAGGGAUACUACUCAUGGAGAAACACGUACAACGGCUCCUGGUUCAUUCAGUCCCUGUGUGACAUGAUGGAGAAGCACAGGGACCUGGAGCUGAUGCAGAUCAUGACCAGAGUGAACCGGAGUGUGGCCUAUCACUUCGAGUCCACCUCAAAUCUUCCCGGAUUCAGCGGCAAGAAGCAAAUCCCCUGCAUCGUCUCCAUGUUGACCAAAGAGUUCUACUUUCCCAAAUAG